GACAAAUUGAGGUUGCAAAGGAGAUGUCUAAGAUCCAGACCAAAGUGUUGGAUGAAAAAACUCCAGACCAGAGGAACCCAAAUAAAGGGAGACGUCAUUCAUACGAUGGACCUGGCUAUGAUUCACCAUUGGAUGCCAUGAGAGGCCCCAGAGAAAAGCUUAUGUACGUACAGUGUGUUUUAACCGAAUCUGAGACCCGGCAACCGGAUUAUUUGGCCACAGUGGACGUGGAUCCGGAAUCGCCAUGUUAUAGCCAGGUCAUCCACCGCUUGCGCAUGCCUUAUCUGGAUGAUGAACUUCAUCACUCGGGAUGGAAUGCCUCCAGCAGAUUCUUUGGGGAUACUAGCAUUGAGCGCAACCGCCUCAUCCUACCAUGUCUAGGCUCUGGACGCAUUUACGUGGUGGACACGGGCUCUGACCUGUACGCUCCCAGCUUGUGCAAAAUCAUCGAACCCCGAGAAAUCAUCAAGAAAUGCAACUUGAGUUUCAUGCACUCCUCACAUUGCUUGAGCAGCGGGGAAAUUAUGAUCUGCGGCAUUGGAGAUGCAUUUGGCAAUGGAAGAGGUGGAUUUCUCCUUCUGGACCCGGAAACCUGGGAAGUGAAAGGGACCUGGAACUGUCCAGAGGAUGGACCCGUCCAGAUGUGUGACUUCUGGUUCCAGCCGCGACACAACGUUCUGAUCAGCACUGAAGUAGGGGAGCCCAAGUACUUUAUCAAUGGUUUCAACCUGGACAAUCUGGGGAAAGGGCGCUAUGGCCGCUACCUCAAUGUCUGGGACUUGACCACCCACCGCCUCCUCCAGUCAAUUGAUGUGGGUGAAGAUUCAGACCCGGUGGAGAUCCGCUUCUUGCACAACCCCAACGCAGCCCAUGGUUAUGUGGCCUGCUUUCUGGAGAGUUCCAUCCACCAUUUCUUUAAGACAGAGGAUGGAUGCUGGACAGCUGAAAAAGUGAUCCAAGUCCCGAACAAGAAAGUAUCGGGAUGGAUCUACCCCGAAAUGCCAGGAUUCCCUUUUGAUAUCGUCAUCUCUAUGGACGACCGGUUCCUCUACUUCAGCAACUGGGUGCAUGGUGAUGUCCGGCAAUAUGAUAUCACCGACCCACAUUGCCCCAAGCUAGUCGGGCAGGUAUUUGUGGGGGGCAACCUUCAGAAAGGGGGUCCUGUAACUGUCCUUGAAGAUCCAGAGCUGGACUGUCAACCCGAUCCCUUUGUGAUCCAGGGCAAGAAGGUCCAAGGAGGACCUCAUAUGCUGCAGCUGAGCUUGGACGGCCGCCGUCUCUAUGUCACCACCUCUCUUUUGACUUCUUGGGACAAGCAAUUUUACCCCAAGAUGAUCAGGGAAGGUUCAGUCAUGCUCCAGCUGAAUGUGGACACUGAACGUGGUGGCCUUUGCGUGAACCCGAACUUUCUGGUGGAUUUCGGGCAUGAGCCGUUCGGUCCAGCUCGGGCACACGACAUGCGCUACCCUGGUGGGGAUUGCACCUCCGACAUCUGGGAGUAAUGUGUAUCCUUUCCAAGUCAACUCCAUAUCGUCAAGGGAAUGCUCAACAAAUUGGGGUCUAUCCCCAUCAUUUUCUGGAUGUCCUUGGGGCUGCUUUCUGCUGCUUCCUCUGUUCUUCAUCUCACAAUGUCUCCAUGGCAAUUCUGGCUCUUUCUUUCCUUUCUUCCUGUUCCUCAAACGUCUUCUCUUCAUAUCGGCGAGAGGAUCACUCAAGAAUUCGGAUCUACCCAUUUUUUUUGUUCAAUGCUCGUUGUCAAGUCAAUCAGAGAAGUCAGCCAUAGCACAGCACUUUGUGAACCAACCUGGACACAGCAUAUUAUUUGAGAAGAGGGAAAUGCUCUGACCACUCUAACAACCACCAUGUCAGACGACACAGAGAAGCCAUUAAAAUCCACAAGCAUGGGGACAAUUUCAACAGAAAGGAGGAAACCAUGAAAAUGAACAAAAUCUGGCAACCGGUAUUAAAAACUUCUAAAAUUAUAACAGUAAAUAAAGAAUAAAACUUAAUCACAGGGGAGAAUUCCAGACAGAAAACAAUCAGGGCCAGCUAACACCUUCCAACAAAGAAUUCCCCUGAGCAGGAAGCAGCCAAGCUUUGAAGCUCUAAGACCAUUAAAUGCUAAUCAAGCUGGCCAAUUGAAACUUUCACAUUUGCCUCAAACAAACAAGAGUUCUUUCUCCCACCCCGGACAUCUUUCCACAGAUAUAUAAACCUCAGUUGCCUAGUUUCCGACAUCAGGGCAUGCCUACCAUAGAAGUGGGCGAAACAUCAGGAGAAAAUGCUUCUGGAACAUGGCCAUACCACCCAGAAAACUGACAGCAACCCAUUAGAUAAGGGGUUGGGUGAAGAGAUAAGUGAUACAGAAGGCUCUCAGGAGGAAACACCUGGAGUUAUGAAGAUCAACAAAAGUCUUUGUUUACAGAUCAGAGCAGAAAAUAGAAAUCGUAGGUCUGAGCGCUUAUGCGGGAAGUUGAGAAGA